AUGCAGUUCGGCGGAAAGUGGUACGAAAUCGCCCGGGUCAGACAUCACUCCUUCCGCGGCCAUCCCGACCUGGUGUCGAUAGGGGGCGCUUUCGUGUUUAACGUCAAGCCCAACGGCAGGGACGCCUCCGUCUCGUACUUCGGAAAACUUGACGGUCGGUGUCAGCUGAUGAUCCCAGGCCGUCUGAUGACCACCAGUUACGAUCCUCCCGCCAAACUCACCUACAAGUUCGCCGGGUUCAACUACCCGUUCGACGAAGGUGACCUGUGGAUCUUAGACACGGACUACCAGAACUACGCUCUACUCUACAACUGUCUGGUCAGGAACUCGGACGGGACCUGCCGGAGGAACAUGAACCUCGCAUGGAUACUCAGCAGGAAGCCCACCCUCCCAGCAGAGACUAGAAAACGGCUGGACCAGAAGCUGUACACCGUGUGUGUGAUUCCGUACAACCGCCUCACCAACACACCACAUAACGGGGAUGACUGCUCGCCAUCUUUGACGACGUCCACUCCGGCCAUCCCAACAACUACAGUACACAUUCCUUCAACAACAACGACAACGACAGCAGAGCCGACCACAACUGCCGUCCUUCCCACAACCCCAGUACCAACAACAACAACAAUAGCUACAACAAUAACCAUGGCACCAACGACCGUUCCGGCAGAAACAACGACAGAACAGACAAUAGUAGAAGAAGACAACGAGUUAGGAAGCGGGUACUUGUUCUACAGAGUAGAAGACGGUCCGGAAAGUUCCGGGUUCGGAUGUCAGGACCUGGACUGUUCCUUGAGCUGCGCGGGAGGAUACAGGGAGGACGACUACGGCUGUGAGAUUUGCGCGUGUAAAGAUGAAGUGCCUGUGGAACAGAACAGACUGUCCCGCCGUCUGCCCACCUUCUGUCAGGAGCUGACCUGUGACCUCCACUGUUCCCAUGGUUACCGCACAGACGACUAUGACUGUGAGGUCUGCGAGUGCGAACCACCCGGCAGAGACUAUGCAGUAUCGUUCCGAGCGGCGCAGGCCCAGACGCCGAUCUGCCGGCCGCCCGACUGUGAGUGGAUGCACUGUGACUGGGGUCUGGACCAGGACGACUCCGGGUGUGAGGUCUGCCGCUGUAGAGAGGAUCCAGACCGCCGCUGCCGGCGCACGUUCCAGGCGGGCGUCAGCAAGUGUUUCGACGACUUUCAGAGGACGUCACAGCGGAACGUUCAUAACGACCCGCAGGAGUACUGCAGAGCGCAGAGCGGGCUGUACCGGUGUUACGGUGAGAUCCUGUUCACGUCGGGCUGUAGUCAGGAGAUCAUGGCGAGUCUGUACGAGGAGCACAUCCGGCAGGGUCUGGAGUACGUCCGGCGGUACUGUCUGCAGUGGGUGCAGUACGCGAGACGGCAAGAAUCUGCAUCCCAUGAAGAAUUUCUGACCACCCUUCCACCUGAAAUCAUUACGUUCCGGACAACCACUGCUCCAACAACCACCACACAACCAGCCACUACACCAACCACUACACCCACCGUCCCCCCCACUACACCGCCCACUACACCGCCAACUCCACCGCCUCCGCCCAAGACAACGGACCCGCCUCCCGACAGACAGAACGACAGACUGCGGGAUGAAGGCGUGGAAGACGACGUGGAAGGAACGACAGAAGAAAAGAAUGCAGAAGUGGAAGGAAACAAACACGGCGACGUCAGAAAGACCUACGAAGCAGACAGUGCGAAUCUGGAGGGCGACUCAUCAGUGGGUGCGGUAUAUCGAACCUCUGUGUCUACCUAA